AUGGCGCAUCCGGGCCGCGCGCUUUACACAUCUCUGGCAUUGGAGGGAAGGAGGAGGGUGCCAACGGAACGCAGUAUUAACUGGGGUGAACUGAGCCCUUCACGCCCGGGGCAGAGUCCACGCUCGCUCUGUGGACUGGAAGGAGAAGCCCGAGCAAGAGCGCGCAGAGGGAGAGUGGACCCAGCGCAGGCCUCCUCCCCACCCGGCCAGGCGGCGACCCCCGCACCCUGCCGAGCGGCGUUGCAGCUGCAGCCGGGGGCCGCCGCGGCGGCGGCGGCGGCNGCCGCAGCCGCCGCCGCUGCAGCGCACCUCCCGUCCAUGGCUGGGGGACAGCAGCCGCCACCACAAAGUCUGCUGUACUCUCAGCCCGGGGGCUUCACCGUGAAUGGCAUGCUGAGCGCGCCCCCGGGUCCCGGAGGCGGCGGCGGCGCGGGCGGAGGCGGCCAGAGCCUAGUGCACCCCGGGCUGGUGCGCGGAGACACACCAGAGCUGGCCGAGCAUCACCACCACCACCACCACCACGCGCACCCGCACCCACCGCACCCGCACCACGCGCAGGGGCCCCCACACCACGGCGGCGGCGGCGGGGCCGGGCCUGGACUCAACAGUCACGACCCGCACUCGGAUGAAGACACGCCGACCUCGGAUGACCUGGAGCAGUUCGCUAAGCAGUUUAAGCAGCGGCGUAUCAAGCUGGGCUUCACGCAGGCCGACGUGGGGCUGGCGCUGGGCACGCUGUAUGGCAACGUGUUCUCGCAGACCACCAUCUGUCGCUUCGAGGCCCUGCAACUGAGUUUCAAGAACAUGUGCAAGCUCAAGCCGCUGCUAAACAAGUGGCUGGAGGAGGCGGACUCGAGCACCGGCAGCCCCACGAGCAUUGACAAGAUUGCCGCACAGGGCCGCAAGCGCAAGAAGCGGACCUCCAUCGAGGUGAGCGUCAAGGGUGCGCUCGAGAGCCAUUUCCUCAAGUGCCCCAAGCCCUCAGCGCAGGAGAUCACCAACCUGGCCGACAGCCUGCAGCUCGAGAAGGAGGUGGUGCGGGUCUGGUUCUGUAACCGACGACAAAAGGAGAAGCGCAUGACUCCACCCGGAAUCCAACAGCAGACGCCUGACGAUGUCUAUUCGCAGGUGGGCACGGUGAGCGCCGACACGCCACCACCCCACCACGGGCUUCAAACCAGCGUGCAGUGA